CUCUCAACUCCGAGAAACAAAUAGAAGAAGACAGUUAAUCUCAGUAAAUUUCCCAGCCUUUCUUCUCACUAACAUUUCUCCGGCGCCGCAGUUGCUAUUCUAUUCUGUUACAAGGGUCACUUAUAUUUGUUACCGAAUAUUUCCUACAUGGGCAACGUCAUUGAAUCGUUUGCUUCUGGAUUCGGAAAAGUUGUUGCAAAUAUUUUCAGUUCUCCACUUGAAUUUCUUUCCGGAAAGUCUUGUAGCUCUGUAUGUGGACCAACGUGGGAUCUCUUUUGUUAUAUUGAAAAUUUCUGUGUUGCUAAUCUAUUGAGGCUAGGAGUGGUAUUUGUUCUAUUGUACAUUGUUUUGUUGUUCUUGUAUCUGCUGCAUAAAUUGGGCAUAUGUGGAUGUCUUUGUCAUUCUGCUUGCAAAAUGAUAUGGGCAUGUUUCUCUUGUUGUUUUCACUUUUGGGAGUAUUCAUGCACUUUCUUAUGUGUUAAACUACACAAUGUCAAGAGGAGGAGAAGAAGAAAGGUCAGAAUGGGAAUGAAUCAAAACUUCUACGCUACAACUGGAGAAGAAUACAUUGAUGAGAGCCUGUCAUACCAUUUUCAACCACCUGCAGAAUUUAGCAGAUCGUUUUCACGUCGAAGGAGAGACUUUAAAGGAUCACACUUAAGAAAGUCUUUGAAGCCUAGGAGAGGUCAUGCUCAAGUUGAAAUUAGUAGAGAUCUUAGUUAUAAAAAUAAAGGAAAUCAUAGUAGUAGAGAUCCUAGUCACAGAGGUAAUGUCAUUAAGCAUGGUAAUUUCAAAAGUACAGUACAUGAUAUUAAGAUAACACGUACAUCAAAGUUUGCCAGAAAAGGUAUGAAUAAUAGGAAAAGGGUUAUUAGAGUGAAAAGGAAGUAGAAUAUUUCAGAGGUUAUGUAUGUUAUUAACCACUAUAUAAUGUUUGCUUGUAUUUAAACACAUUUUUUAUUUC